AUGACGAACGCAGUGAUGGGCGGUAGCUCGGACCGCUGGGUGCCCAACGAUAGGCAGAUGAGCAUGCAUGCCAAGGGUAACUGGACCAACCAGGCCAGGCCUGGUCCCGGCGCUCCGGACCUAACUGACGAGGAGAAGGAGAUCAUUAACGGUGUGAUCGCCCGUGCUGAGAAGAUGGAGGCCAUGGAGCAGGAAAGAAUUGGGCGCCUGGUGAACCGUCUAGAUGACAUGAAGAAGACGGUGUGUGGGGACGGGGUGAACCGCUGUCUGCUGUGUGGGGAGCAGCUGGGUGUUCCAGGGGUCAGCUCAGUGGUUUGUGAGGACUGCAAAAAGCACAUGUGCACCAAGUGUGGAGUGCAGAACGGCAGCCGGUCGCGCUCUGUGUGGCUCUGCAAGAUCUGCAGCGAACAGCGAGAGGUGUGGAAGCGAUCUGGUGCCUGGUUCUUUAAAGGCUUUCCUAAGCAGUUCCUGCCCUCGCCCAUGCCCAUCUCCAAGUCCAAAGAGUCAAGUGCCCAGCGAGCCCCAGAGCCAGCAUCAUCUGACCCCAGGGCUGCAGCUGGUCAUACCCGACCACAGGCACAGGCCAGAGGUCCAGAGGAGAGUCAGGCUCCUAGUGCUAGCCAGCAGGGAGCAGCAGGACCAGAGGAACUGGGGCAUGCUGGCAAACCACCUGUGGCCCCUAAGCCGUCAGAUGUUCGCAUGGCCACUGGUGGGACUGGUCAUGGUUACAAUGAGGGAGGUGCUCAGAACAGCCCAGUGGUGCUGCAGAAGGCUGUUCCAGUCCAGAGCUCCAGGCCCCCUCCAGCAGCAUCGGCCCAGCAGGCUCCACUGGAGACGGAGGGAGGUGGCUACUCCACUAGCGCUGCUCCAGUGGAGGAGAGAGUGCCCCCUGCAGUGCGGGAGGAGAGGAGACAGCCAACCACCUACAACCCCCCUCCUGCUCGACAACAAGCCCCUCCGCCUGAGGAGGAGGAUGCAAACAGCUAUGACUCAGAUGAGGCCACCACUCUGGGCGGCUUGGAGUUCAGCUUACUUUAUGAGCAGGAGAACAACAGUCUCCACUGCAGCAUCCUCAAAGCCAAGGGACUGAAGCCCAUGGACUCGAACGGACUGGCUGAUCCCUAUGUCAAGCUGCAUCUACUGCCAGGGGCCAGUAAGUCCAACAAGCUACGCACCAAGACCCUGAGAAACACCCGUAACCCUGCCUGGAACGAGACCCUGGUCUACCACGGACUCACAGACGAGGACAUGCAGCGCAAGACUCUCAGGAUCUCUGUCUGUGAUGAGGACAAGUUUGGGCAUAAUGAGUUUAUUGGAGAAACUCGCGUUGCGCUGAAGAAACUGAAGAUCAACCAGAAAAAAACCUUCAACGUGUGUCUCGAGAGAGUUGUCCCUACAAAGAAGACCGCAACAGCUGGAGGGGCUCGAGGCAUUUCGCUCUACGAGGAUGAGGGUGGGAAGGAGGUUGGAGAUGUGGAGGAGCGUGGUCGUAUCUUGAUCUCCCUCACGUACAGCACCCAGCAGAAUCGUCUCCUCGUGGGUGUGGUGCGCUGUGUUCACCUGGCCGCCAUGGAUGCCAAUGGAUACUCUGACCCAUUUGUCGAAAUAUGCCUGAGACCUGAUAUGGGGAAGAAGGCCAAGAACAAAACAAAUAUCAAGAAGAAGACCCUAAACCCAGAGUACAACGAGGAAUUUAGCUAUGACAUCAAGCACAGCGACCUGGCUAAGAAGACCCUGGACAUCUCAGUGUGGGACUACGACAUUGGGAAAUCCAAUGAUUACAUCGGUGGGUGCCAGCUGGGCAUCACAGCCAAAGGGGAGCGGCUGAAGCACUGGUAUGAGUGCCUGAAGAACAAGGACAAGAAGAUAGAGCGGUGGCAUACCCUGUUGAAUGAGAAUCCUGUCAACAGCAACUAA